CCGGGGUGCGACGGGGCUGGAGGAGCUGUCCCGGCAGAACCUGUUUUAGCGAGGGAGCGGGUGCGCGGGCGUCAGGGCUGAACAGAGCAGGCCUGAUGCCUCCGCCUGCCUGGCGCUGAGGACCGGGCCAUUCCCUUUGGAAGGAGACCCCUCGAGAAGGCGAACAUCGACAAGGGUGAGAAAAGAAGAUCUUAUUUUUACACCAAAAGAGGUCAAAUUGUAAUUACUCGUUAUGGCAUAUGGUUUGCCAAGAAAGCACACAGUGAAAUCGGUUUUGCAUAGAAGUUGUUACAAUGUUCAAGAGCCCUGGGAGCUAGCUUUGCUUACAAAGGCCUUGUACAACAACAUUGCAUGUAUUGGAGUGCCUCUUUUUGAAGAUAUUAUUUAUGGUACUCCUUUUAAAAUAAAUCCUGGGAAAAAAACGGAGGAUGUGCUACUCCCCACUGCAGAAACAAUAGAAAUUGAAAAGGCGUACGAACUGAAGCAUUUAAACGAAAUUGAACUUCAGAAAAAUGCAGCAGAGCAAAUUCAGUCUUUGCUAAAAGACAAGAAAAUUGGUUUGAGAAGACCUCUUCCACCCAAGAAGUGAAGAUCACUUUACUGUUAGAGGCAUGCUCCUUUGUCUCCCUAUCCAAAGAGGAUGAGGGGAUCCAGACCAUUCACCAGACUAUAUACCACUCAGUGCAGACCGUCAUCGAUAAGGAACAUUCUUGUGGUGGAUGAAAGAGUUCCCCCUGAUGAUACUUCAUCUGGUGACCCAAUGCACCAGCUUCACUAUCCCCUCUUGAAUCUUUCCUUUGGGCUCUCUGCCUCCAACACCACAUACUUUAAAUGGCACAUAAAUGAAAAUAAAACAAAAAAAGAAGAAUCCUGCUUGUGAAGCAUCAUAGGAAGUGCUAUAUCCACCAUAACCUAGCUGUUCUGCAGCAGAAUCAUACUUGCUCAAAAGAUGGUGGUUGUACCAUGAUUACACAUUGAUCUCGAGCAGCUCAAGACAGUGUCCUUGUGGUUGAUAAGGGGAAUCACUGCCCAGACCAUCGGCAGAUUGACUGCUCCUAUGGUCCCGUCUCACUCAGUCCAUGUGAAUCUACCCAGCAUCGACAGUCAUACAUAAGGGCAGAGACCAAAGUUAUCUAAGACACCCACCGAUGUGCACCCAUGGGACUGAAGGGUGAAAACACUAUACAAACAGAAAGGCCUGUGAGUAAUA